UCUUUUCCUUUUUCUCAUUAUUAAUCACAAGAUUUUCUCUUUACCAUCAUUAGCAUAAAGAGCAUGUAGUAAUAUACUAAUACUAGUAUUAUUUUUCUUACUACUAUACCACAACAAAAAAAUCCUAUGUUUGUUUUCACACUCAACCACAUUCAUCAAUUAUUGAUAUUUUCUCCCAUGCUUAUUAAUUCUCCUUACUCAAUACUCUCCAACACUUUUUGAAAAACCACCCAACCAUGACACUGUAACCUAAGUUACUCAGUGUUGAAAAAUUCAUCUGACAAUGUUUCAUACAAACACAAUCUGCAUUUUGGUUACUAUCAUUGUUCUGAGUUCCUUUUCACCACUUGGAAUAGCAAUGCUGAACUUAACUCUCCCUGGAACUCACCCUGACCCUGAGGCUGUUGCUCAUGAAGUUCACAGGAAGGUGAAUGCAUCAAUGGCAAGACGACAAACACUAUCAUCCGGAUCUGCAUGCGCCACAGGAAACCCAAUUGACGACUGUUGGAAAUGCGAUCCAGAAUGGCCAAACAAUCGCCAAAGGUUAGCAGAUUGCGUAAUCGGGUUCGGUCAGUAUGCAAAAGGAGGAAAAGGUGGUGAAUACUACGUUGUAACGGAUUCAUCAGACGAUGAUCCCGUUACACCAAAGCCUGGUACAUUAAGAUACGCGGUUAUAAAAAACGAACCGUUGUGGAUCGUAUUUCCUAGUAACAUGAUGAUUAAGCUGAAGCAAGAGUUGAUUUUUAAUAGCUAUAAAACCAUUGAUGGACGUGGUGCUGAUGUUCAUAUUGUUGGAGGAGGGUGCAUUACUUUGCAGUUUAUUAGUAAUGUUAUUAUACAUAACAUUCAUGUUCACCAUUGUCACCCUUCAGGAAACACAAACGUACGAUCUAGUCCAGAACACUAUGGUUACAGAACAUUAUCAGACGGAGACGGAAUCUCCAUAUUCGGUUCGAAAGACAUAUGGAUCGACCACUGCACACUCUCUCAUUGCAAAGACGGACUAAUAGACGCAAUAAUGGGCUCAACCGGAAUAACAAUAUCCAACAACUUCAUGUCACACCACAACGAAGUCAUGCUCCUCGGACACAGCGACGACUACCUCCCCGACUCAGGAAUGCAAGUCACAAUCGCGUUCAACCAUUUCGGGGAAGAACUCGUUCAGAGGAUGCCGCGUUGUAGAAGAGGAUACAUCCAUGUCGUCAACAACGAUUUCACUCAAUGGGAAAUGUAUGCCAUUGGAGGAAGUGGCGAACCGACUAUUAACAGUCAGGGAAAUCGUUAUGUUGCUCCGGUUAAUCUUUUUGCAAAAGAGGUUACUAAGAGAGUUGAAACGGAACAGAAUAAGUGGAAAGGAUGGAAUUGGAGAUCUGAAGGUGAUGUUAUGGUUAAUGGUGCUUUCUUUGUUACAUCUGGUGAGAGUCUUGAGGUUAAGUAUGAGAAAGCUUUUAGUGUUGAACCUCAAUCUGCUGAUAGGAUUGUUUUUCUUACCAUGAAUGCUGGUGUUCUUGGUAAUGCAAGGGACAAUAACGUGGGAAUGUGGAGCAGAGGACCAAGCAGCAACGAUGAGGGUGUUUCAGAUCCUGGCCCGGAUUACACAGACGAUAUGUCGGGCAGUGCACUACCGAUGUUGUCGUCUUCUUUUACUAUGUUGUGCUUCUUGUUGUCUUACAGAGUGAUUCUGUUAACAGUGCUUCUAUAACAAUUCAGGAAUGUUGUUGAGCAUGUAAUGGUACACUAUCUGUAUUUCUCUAAAUUGGAAUGAAAAGGAUCUCCUACUCUUCAAAA